GCAUGAACAUGUAGGCCAGGGGGAGGGAAAGUAGAAGCAAGCGGAGUUUCUGAGCGUGUGAGUGUGCGCACUCGCUGGGAUGGCCAUUUAGCGUUGGCUAAUUCUGAGCGCCCCGCGAGUCGAAGGGCAGCUUAGAAACCCAAGCCAGCAGCAGGCUCCGGCCCGCGCGCGUGCCAGAAAGUGGGCUCGCCUCGACGCUGGUUCCUGGCUCUGCCGGCGCGGAUUCCCGGCCACGCUCGGCGGGGGAUUCUUCCCCGGCUUGGCUCUAGGCCGGCGUCGCAGUUUCCCGCGCUCCGAGAGUUGCAUUCUAACCCGCGCGACGAUGGGCAGCCGUCGCGGCUUGCGCGCUUCGCGGUUGCUGCUCCUUGUAGGCGCGCUCGCUUGGUUAGCUCUGGCAGCCGCCGCUCACUACGACGCGGACGAAGGCGGCGAUCUGAUCCCCCCCUUCGCGUUGGAGGAGGAGAACCUGACCGAAUUCUGGAGACACCGGAGCGCAUCCGCAGCUUUCUACCGGAGCAACAAGGAGGCAUGGCGCUUAUCCGGACAUUAUAUUGUGGUGCUUAAGGAGGAAACCCUUAAAUCCCAAACCUCACAAACAGUCAAGCGUUUGCAAGCCAGAGCAGCCAAGCGUGGCUAUAUGACCAAAAUCCUACAUAUAUUUGAGGAGCUAUUCCAGGGCUUUGUUGUGAAGAUGAGCAGUGAUGUGCUGCAUAUGGCUUUGAAACUCCCACACGUGGAUUACAUAGAAGAGGACUCUUAUGUGUUUGCUCAGAGCAUUCCCUGGAACCUUGGCCGGAUUGUCCCAGAACAGGACGAGCUGAAUGAGUAUAAUCCCCCCAAUACUGGUGAACUGGUUGAGGUUUAUCUGCUAGAUACUGGUGUCCAGAGCACACAUCGGGAAAUAGAAGGCAGAGUAUUUGUGACUGAGUUUGAGAAUGUCCCUGACGAAGAUGGCACUCGCUUUCACCGCCAGGCCAGUAAAUGUGACAGCCAUGGGACUCAUAUGGCAGGAGUAGUGAGUGGAAGGGAUGCUGGGGUAGCCAAAGGCGCCAACGUCCGCAGCCUCCGCGUGCUCAACUGCCAAGGAAAAGGCACCGUAAGCGGCACACUGAUUGGGCUGGAAUUCAUUAAAAGGACCCUGGCUGUCCAGCCCUACAGUCCUCUGGUUGUUUUGCUCCCCUUGGCCGGCAGCUACAGCCGCAUCCUGAAUGCCGCCUGUCGCCUGAUGGUGCAGAUGGGGGUGGUCAUGAUAGCUGCAGCAGGCAACUACAAAGACGAUGCUUGCCUGUACUCCCCAGCAGCAGAACCAGAGGUUAUUACAGUCGGAGCAACCAAUGCCCAAGACCAGCCUGCAUCUAUGGGGACUUUGGGAACCAACUUUGGGCGUUGCGUAGAUGUGUUUGCUCCUGGAGAUGAUAUCAUUGGCCCCUCUAGUGAUUGCAGCACCUGCUUCACAUCGCAGAGUGGGACAUCCCAAGCAGCUGCCCACAUCGCAGGUAUUGCAGCCAUGAUUCUGAAUGCCAACCCUGCUCUGUCCAUCUCUGAGCUGAGACAAAGACUGAUCCACUUUUCUGUCAAAAAUCUUAUGAAUGAGGCUUGGUUUCCAGAAGACCAGAGGCUGUUAACACCAAACAGAGUGGCUGGGCUUCCGUCCAAACUGGUAGCAGAGGAACAGCUGUAUUGUCGCUCUGUGUGGUCUUCCUUGUCUGACUCAACCAGUGCAGCCACAGCUGUUGCCCAGUGCAACAGCAAUGAAGACAUGUUCAGCUGCUCAAGUUUAUCAAAGAAUGGCAAGCAGCGAGGAGAGCACAUUGAGGAUUAUGGAGGCAGGAAGGAGUGUGUGGCUCACAACAGAUUUCGAGGCCAAGGUGUCUAUGCUAUAGCCAGAUGUUGCAUUUGGCCCAAGGCUGACUGCCAGGUUAAUAGCCAUUCACAGACCACAGAGGGCAUAGCCAUGAAAAGUGUUAGCUGCACCAAAGAUAGCCAUGUUUUGACAGGCUGCAGCACACAUUCUCUGGCUGGAGAUAUCAAUGGCAACAUCAGAGCUGUACAGCGGGCAGACAGUGGUCGGGCCCACUGUGUAGGCCAAGGAGAUGCGAUGGUGCAUGCUUCCUGCUGCCAUGCACCCAGCCUUGAGUGUAAAGUUCAGGAACAACCUCCUCUGGAAUACCCAACAAAGGUGAUGGAGACUUGUGAUGAUGGCUGGACUCUAACAGGAUGCAAUGCCCAGUCGCAUAGCCCCAACAUUCUUGGGGCAUAUUCAGUGGACAACACCUGCAUUGUCAUCAGCCAACCAGGAAGCAAAGGAGCAACAGCAGUUGCCAUCUGCUGCAGAAAGAGGCUCUUAGAGGAUGAGAAGCAAAGUUCCAGUUACAAGUGACAAUUUUACCCUUUUCCCCUUCAAGUAUCCAAGGGACCCUCAAAUUAUGACAAUUGCCAUAUAUGGUCACACUUGUGAACGCAGUAGUCCCUUGAGAAAAUAUUUGUGUAAGUAGGACUCCAGCACAGCUUGGGAUUGUUUGUGAUAGCCUUAGAAUAACUGUUCCAAAUGUGCACUUCUACAAAAUAUUGCCCCUCUGGCAAUUUCCCCAUAUUUGCUAUCAAGAGAUGGGUCUUGUUGAUGCCUCAGUAAUAUCAAUUGAGCUACAUUUGUAAAAUAACUUUGGCCAAUAAGCUUCAGAUAUGUUUUUUCAGCAACCUUUCAUUUAUAGUCAAUGACUUCCUGACUUUUUAGGAUAUAGUUUUUGUCAACCAUCCACUAGUUCAAUACAUUUAUGCCUAUAGUUGCAUAGGAUGCCGGGGGGCAGGCAGAAGGAUGAAGAAGGUAACAGUUUCUGUGUAAUUCUUUAGCUUGGUCACAAUCUUUCAUUGGCUUAUGAAUUAUAACCAGAAACAUCUUUGUGUACAAUAGAAAUGCUGAAACUACAAAAGGUGAAAGCAUUAAUACUUUAAUUCUGCCCAGGAUAGCAGAUUAAAUGCAGAGCAUACCAAUUAUCAUUAUGUCCUGUUUUUUUGGAAGUCUUUUUAUAUAGUAAGUUAUAUAGUAAGUAUUUUGGGACAAGGGUGUGCAACCCUUCCUUCUAGAAGUCUUGUGCAAUUAACAAAGCAUCUUCUGUAGCUGAAUUGUUACAUAACAGUUUAACUGUUUAAUGCUUUAAAAGCAUAUUCAAUGUGAUAGAAUUGGGAAGUGUUUGUCCUGGCUCUGCUCACUUCUAGUGAUUUUACAGCAUUUGCAGCUCUUAGCCUGAAAAAGCUUUGAUUACCUAGGAGCUAGUUUGUAAACAUUACUGUUUUCUGUCAUCUGUUUCCAGUGCCAUAAUGCAAAACUGCUUAACAAUGGGUUGUAGCAGGUCUGAAAUAGGAUUUUAAAAAGUCUACUGAAAUUAUACCUAGCUAUAACCCGUAACUCAUAACCCAGGUACGACUGGAAAAAACCCAAGUUUAAAUAUAUACUAAACUUUAUACUGCUUGCCUGAAGAUUCUUUCCUAUACUGCCCAAUGGCACAGAAAUUUCAGAGAACUUGCUGUGAUUUAGUAAAGGCAGUGAGGACAGAUAAUAUGUACAUCUGCAGCAUUUAACACUCUCUCUCACAUGUUUCUAUUUCUCCUAUGCCUUGCAUUCUUGCAAACUUGAAUCUGCUCCACUGAAUAUGCGACAGAAUGGCCAAGUUGAUUUCUACAAAGCUGUUUCUAAACCAAGGACACUCUUUUAUCACAGGUUUUAUCCUCAGACUAACUUUUAAGACAAAUUCCUCUUGUCUUUCAUACACACAGCCUGUCCCCAGAAAACAAUUACCGUAAUUGCAUUACUUAAUAUAGUAAAAUAAUUCUAGAUGAACUACAGUAGUUUCUGUAGCCAUGAAUGGGGGAAGCCCUGCAAAAAGCAGAGCAAGCAGGUAAGAUCAGCGUGGAGAACUACUAGCCUUCUAGAUGCUGCUGAAGCUCCAUCCUCUUAUUAUGAAAAAUACUGGGAAUUGUAGCUCAGUGACAUUUGAAAAAGGUUUAUCACUGGACCCCAGGAAGACCACUGAGCCAAUGAAGAACAGCUCUAUACACAAGCAAACCUGAAGCUUUCAAAGGCACUUAAGACUUAGAGCUCCUGCAUUCAUGCCCUUAAGGCAACCACGAAGCCAAGAAAACUCUGGGUAAUUUGCACCAAACAGUUUAGUUUGCUAAUAAAAUAUUUGGUAGCAACCAUUUAAGUUGGUUUUUCAAGGCAGGCUAUUAUUAUCAGUAAACGUCUUUCCCUCUUUGGCAUUUAUACUUGUUUACCAAAUGUUUAAUUGCCUAUAUAGUUGAAUCUUUAACCAUAUGUAUGUCCAAUUACUGGGUAAAUUUUUUUUAACCAAGGGACCAUAUACAUGUUUCCUUAAAAGUAAGUUUCCUUCAAAGUAAGUGUGUAUUGCAUUGCAGCCUAAGCUGCAUUUCUGCUUUAGAAAGGACAAAAAGAAAAUUGAAUCAUGAACGGAGUAAACUGCAUGUGAUUCUUUGUAUGCUGUUUUGAGGUUAAUACUCAGAUUUAUUAUCUACUGUAAUUCCUACUUGCUUGAGAGAAGACUUCUUCGUGCUAUGGAUUUUACUUUUUUAUCUGGAAUCUAUUUAUUCUGUUUUAUAUAACAUUUUAUAAGGCAAUUUGUUUUUGAAAUAAAGUUUCAUAGAAUUUUAAUGUGGCUGCAUUUAUGUAGCUGUACUUAAACUCUUCCUCUGCACUUAUCUACAAUUACAUUUAAGGAAAGGGGACAGAAUUUUUUUUUAUAAAUUUAUCAUCUUUUUUCAUUAGAGAUUCAAGCUCAUGUGUGAUACCCAUUGUAAAAUGUGUGGCAAAACAAAAUAUUUAGGAGGUAUAUAGCUUACUAGAAUAUACAUUCAAUACAAUAUACAUGUAUUGAAAAGAGGCUUGAAGAUAGGGAUAAAAAACACCCUCAAACUUUUUAGUAUAACUGAUAUUGCCCUAUUAUAUUUCACAUUUCCUCUAGGCAGGAGAAUACAGAACAUUACUCCCACUAGAAUCCAAAACUCUUGCAUCUGGUUUGGGAGACAGAAGAAAAAUAGCCCCAGUUCAGGGCAGCCUGAUGCUACAGAGUCAUGUAUGCAAGACAAAGUAAGAUUGGAAAAGUACCGUAUUUUUCUGACUAUAAGACGGUACUUUUUUC